AUGGCACCGCCCCCGCCAUUUCCGCCACUAAGCCAGAGGUCCCUCCCCGACGCCGGAAGUCCCGCCGCCCUGCUUCCGCGCAGUCCUCCCCCACCCCGCCGCGGAGAAGAGGAUCUGCUUCCGGCCCCGGGUGGCCGCGGGCUGGGCUUGCCGUGCGCUGCGGAGCGCUGUCCAGGGAGCGUCGUUCCCCCGGACGCUGGCGCGGGAAGCGGGGGCCGCGGCCGCGCCAGGAGAGUGCCGGUCCGGGCGCGAGGCUCGUGCGGGGCCAUGAACGGGACCGCGAACCCGCUGCUGGACCGCGAGGAGCAUUGCUUGCGGCUCGGGGAGAGCUUCGAGAAGCGGCCGCGGGCCUCUUUCCACACCAUUCGCUAUGACUUUAAGCCAGCAUCUAUAGAUACUUCUUGUGAAGGAGAGCUUCAGGUUGGCAAAGGAGAUGAAGUCACAAUUACACUGCCACAUAUCCCUGGAUCUACACCACCAAUGACUGUGUUCAAGGGGAACAAACGGCCUUAUCAGAAAGACUGUGUACUUAUCAUUAAUCAUGACACUGGUGAAUAUGUGCUGGAGAAACUCAGUAGCAGCAUUCAGGUCAAGAAAACAAGAGCCGAGGGGAGCAGUAAAAUCCAAGCUCGAAUGGAGCAGCAAGCCCCUCGUCCCCCACAGCCGUCACAGCCACCACCUCCUCCGCCACCUCUGCCAUUCCGAGCUCCAACAAAGCCUCCAGUUGGGCCCAAAACUUCUCCCUUGAAAGAUAAUCCCUCACCUGAACCCCAGCUGGAUGACAUCAAAAGAGAGCUGCGAGCCGAAGUUGACAUUAUUGAACAGAUGAGCAGCAGCAGCGGGAGCAGUUCCUCAGAGUCGGAGAGCUCGUCGGGGAGCGAUGAGGACAGCUCCAGCAGUGGCGCCGAGGACAACGGCCCGGCGUCCCCCCCGCAGCCCGCACACCAGCAGCCCUACGGCAGCAGGCCGGCCGCCGCCAAUGGGACCGGCCGGCCCCAGGGCAGCAGCCAGCUCAUGAACACGCUCAGAAAUGACUUGCAGUUGAGUGAGUCUGGCAGUGACAGUGAUGACUAGAGUCGGAUCUUUCGAAAUCAGCUUCUCGUGCACAGAUGUGCUGCUGGACCAGGCUGCGCUCGCACGGAGCCCCAUGCUGAGAGGGACACGCUGUGGAUCAGUGACUGUGUAGGAGUUUGAGGCUCUGGAGGUCUCAGACAUUCAAGUCUUUAACUUAGUGGUGAUGGGUGAUUUUCUCGUGUAAUUUUUGAACAAUCUCAUGUUGCAAAGUAGAACUAUGGAAGAACUAACAGAAUUAUAUUUCUAUUUGGUUAACACUGUUCAUAGACAACAGACCAAUGUGCCCUGGUCUAGGUUACUCAAAGGCCAUUAUCUUUAGGGGGCCAGUGAUUCCGUUUUAAACCUCAGCAGCCACCAGUUUGGCUAAGUGGUCUGCACCAGUGAAAUGAAACCUGGUCUUUGAGGGGUAGGAGAGAGAGGGAAACCUCAAACUGCAGCAUAGAAGUAUGUUAAAACCACUUUACACUGUUGAGACAAAGUGGUAAGGAAAUUUUGUCAGACCCAACCUGAUAAGCCUGUGUAGGAACCGACUUUGAGAAAGAGUCCUAGAGCAUCCGCCAGGUAGGACCCUGGAGCUCUGCUAGUUCAACCUCCUCAUUUACAAAUAAGGAAAGAGAAGCCCACGACUGGCUGAUGGCUGGUCUCCUGCCCCCAGUCCAGGCUUUCCCUGCUGCUCCCUCCCUUGAAUCUCAUUUAUUGGAACUGGAGAUUCUUAUACAUGACACUGAUAGUUGUACAUCGGACUUUUAUUGGAUUGCAAAAGACAAAAGUGUUGGGUACUUCUGACUCAAAUUCUGAUCCAAAAAGUCGCUAAAUACAUGAGGCUGGAUGAGCAGGUCAGACCAGCAGCCACUGCGUUGACGCGUGAGAUGCAGUCACAUGGGGGCUGUUAGUUCCGUAGAUCCAUGCUAAGCGUUCUUCAUUCAGUGCAUUUUAGUAGGGGGAGGUAGGAGUGGAAGAGAGGUGUAGUGAAGGAACCUUUCCGACCAAGAGAACCAGCAGCAGGUUUUCAAAAACCCAGAAUCUAGAUAGGAAGCAGUUCUGCAAUAUGAAAUGAGCACAUCCUUUGAGAAGGCAUUUCUGUUCAUGCUUUUCUACCACUGUUUGUGCCUGACUCCCAGACCGAUUUGUAUUUUUGAUAUACAACUAGAAGAAAGUCACAAGAUUGCCUUUUUGCAGUGUGCAGUUUCCAAAUGAAUCUGUUACAGGGAAGUGGUCACUAGUAAAUGUUCCAUAUUUAGUGAAUGUGUGAUAAAUUGUCCCGUGAUUAGUAUGGAGUAGCCCAUUUCUGUAAUUUGAAUGAAUACAGUUUGAAGGUCCUGAGAAAUUUCCAUUUACUUUGGUUCAGUGGGUAUCGCAAACAUUAAAAUUGAUUUUCCUUCCUUGGGUUCCUCCACUCAAAGAUGGCCUCUGCAUCCCCCGCUAGUGGAUGGAAGCAGUCUGGACCUGGAAAGGAAUGAGAUGAUUCACGGUGGGGGCUUUGGUGAGAGUCGCACCUUAUCGAGCCACCUGUUUGAUGCACACAGGGGCUCCGGUGAGCUGGAGAUGGGGGCCCAGCGCUGUCAUCCCGUGGCGCACUCACACUGCCCCACCUAGUGUAGGUAAUAGGCUAACACACCAGUACUUUGUGCUGGGUGCUCCGCCCAUCGUGAGGUUUCAGUGCGUUUAAUGGCAGGUAGGAAUUUAUAAUGAAUUGAUAAUUGUUUUAUAAUUCCUUGGUAAUGACAGCUCAGGGAAGGUGAAGGUCACAAUUCGGAGACUUGACUUGUUACUGCACGUGGGACUUGUUGCACAGCUCUUAACUUGCUCAAGCUGGGGCAGGUUCCAGGAACUUGAACUAAAAAUAUCUACUUAAACUCCUCUCUCACUCUUUUUUUUGUUCUCCCAAAGUCUUGAUUUAGACAGACAGAGCUGUGGCUUUUGGCAUGUUGGGUCAUGUUGGGCAUGUUGGCGUGUGGCACUGGGUUUGGCAAGUCGAGCUCUCUGGGCUUCAGACCCUUUCCUCUGUCACCCGUCCUACCUGACACUGCACUGUUCUCCUCUAGCCCGUUUCCAGUUUGUUCUCUGCACAAAGCCCUCGGUGGUUCCCUCCCCCGGCCCUCCAGCUUUACCCACCAGAACAAGGAAUCUUUUCUUUUUGGAAAUCAAGAAUUUGGCCUCACAGACUACUUCUCAUGUGUAACCUCGUGCCAGCCUCACUGGACUUGUUCUUUGUGCCUCUGUGCCUUCUCAAUACCGCCCCCCCCCCCCCCCCCCCCCCCCCCCCCCCCCCCCCC